CCUUGGUGUAAAAUUGCGCUAUGACCAUCUUGAAAUACCAGUUACCAGCUGUGUCAAAACAGCGUGAGCUGGCCAAACUGUGUUGAGUAUGGAACUGGUCAUAUCUUGAACGCACCUCUGGUGGUCAAAUAGCUACCAGCUAUUUCAAAACAUAUCUUUCAGCAUGUAUUACGCGAUUUCAUUCCAGUUAAUUUACAGUACUCCUACUUCCUAGUUCCUAGUCGGAGAGCGAACAAGGAAUUCGUGUGUAAUUAUCUGUUCUCUCUUGUGAAAUGUUGCGUGCUAAUACAAGAAGAGACCAUUUUAACUAAUCCUAAUCCUGCCAACCAUACAAUUCGCUUAACGCUGUGAAGCAUGCAUAUCUGGAACUGAGCGAACAAGUCCAGUUUCUUCACAAGCUUGAGUGUAUCGAGCAUUCUGUGACGAGAUGCAUUCCUCCAUCCUGUUCCUGAUCACACUGGUGGUUCUCACAUUGCCUGGAGUCCAUGGAGGCAAGGUCCUUGUGUUCCCAAUGGAUGGCAGCCACUGGGUAAACAUGAGAGUCUUGAUUGAAGAGAUACAUUCGAGAGGCCACAACGUUUCUGUGGUGCGAGCAUCAGACAGCUGGUACAUCAAGGAGACGUCCCCUCACUACACCUCAAUCACAAUCAAUGGCACUGGGGGACAGCCCAAGGAGUUUCUCAGCUCGCUUGUGUCUAGGUUACUACAGAUACAAAGACAAGGUGCAUCUGCUUGGUCUCGCUACAGCUUAACUAUGGAAUUAAAGGAUGGGUUUUACCAAAUGCAUAAAAACGUUUCUGAAAUGGUGGUACGGAUGUUUGAAGAUCAGCUGCUGAUGCAGUCCCUGCGCAAUGCCAAGUAUGACUUGGUUCUGGCUGAUCCCGGUUCAGGUGGUGGCGCUGUGCUAGCCCAUUACCUUAGUCUACCCCUUGUUUUUAAUGCUCGAUGGACAGUACAUGGAGAAGCUCAUUUGGCAAUCGCUCCCUCGCCACCUUCCUAUGUUCCUUUCCCAGUAGCAGAAUUAACAGAUACAAUGAAUUUCCCCAAUCGAGUCCGCAACAUGAUUUUUCAUAUGUUAAGACCACUUCUCUACAAAGGCAUGGUUAGUUCCCAUUACACUGCGUUGUGUCAUCGUUACUUUGGCUCAGAGGUAGACUAUUUUGAGCUCUUUCAGGCAGCAGAUAUUUGGCUCAUGAGGGUAGAUUUUGUCUUUGAGUUCCCGCGCCCCACCAUGCCUAAUGUUGUCUAUAUGGGGGGAUUCCAAUGUAAGCCUGCUAAGCCCCUCCCAGUGGACCUGGAGGAGUUUGUUCAGAGCUCAGGAGAGCAUGGUUUCAUUAUUAUGUCCUUGGGAACAUUAUUUGGUAAGCUUCCUCAUGAUUUGGCUGAUGAAAUAGCCGCUGCUUUCGCCCAGUUGCCUCAAAAGGUGAUUUGGAGACACACAGGGGACAGGCCAGCUACUCUGGGCAACAACACUCGACUGGUCACCUGGAUGCCACAAAAUGACCUCCUGGGUCAUCCUAAAAUCAGAGCGUUUGUUGCUCACGGGGGAACCAAUGGAGUUCUCGAGGCCAUUUAUCAUGGCGUUCCUAUAGUUGGCCUCCCACUUAUUUUUGACCAGCCCGACAACCUCAAUAGAAUGAGAGUAAAAGGGGCAGCAAAGAUAGUGGAUAUCGUGACGUUAGACAGGAACAUCUUCCUCCAGGCCUUACAGGAAGUGCUCCAUGAGCCCUCCUACAGGAUGAACAUGCAGAGGCUUUCCAGGCUGCACCACGACCAGCCAAUGAAGCCACUGGACCUUGCCCUCUUCUGGAUUGAGUUUGUCAUGCGACACAAAGGUGCUGGUCACCUGCGCACAGAGUCCUACAGGAUGCCCUGGUAUGUCUACCACUCAGUGGAUGUCAUAGGAACCUUGCUAGCUGCUAUGUUGUUCAUCUUACUGAUUCUAAUUUUUCUUGUCAGGUAUCUGUGCUGCAGGGUGUGUUGUAAGAGAAAGCUAAAACAUGAAUAACAAAAUCUUCUAAGCCAGUCUUAACUGCCACUGUAAGCUGCAUGCAAGAACUGUGUAAUCCUAAUUAUCGUGGACAUGGAUUUCAUUCUCUUCCUUUUUCCGGAGAAGUACAGCUGAAUUUAAUAAUCAUGUGAAAGAUGCUAAACUCAAUGGAUCUAAACAUUACUAACCAAUGUUAAAUUUAGGAAUAGUUGACAUGAGACACAAAACUAGAUGGCAGAUGUAUUCCAAUACCUUUUAAAAAAACUGCAUAUAAAUUCAACAAAACUCCCUAUUCUUAUAUGUUGUUGUUCUGUUCUUUUUAACUGUUAAUUGUUUAUAAUAGUACACACUGUUUUGAUUAAUUCAGAACAUGAAUUGUAUGGACUGACAGAUGUGUGGCUGUGUGUGACCCCAUGCAAUUUGACCUAUUACAGCAUCAAAUAUUCAUAGAUACAUAAUUGAGUUGUUUCAUGUGAGUGUUCUGUUUGCUGUUAUUUUUAUAUUUGUCCAUCUUUCAAAGAAAAUUGCAUCCCAAACUUUUUUCUUGCUGUGCUUCCUGCUCUGUGCUAUGGACUUCAGUCUCACUGUCUAUGGUCAUCAGUGACAUCACUGAUGUGACAUGCACUUGCAUCAACUGCAUCAUUGCCUUGCCCCUUGCUGUGGCUGAACUGAUCUGUUAAGUGCAUCUAGUCAACAAGUAGGACUGUUCUAGCCAUUCGCCAUCAGACAAAACAGAACUGGACACAUUUACACUGAAUGGAAAUGAAUGAGAGUACACUCUAAUUUAGUUUUUCAUGUCUGUUAAUUGAAAUGAGAUCUGUUUGUUUCUGCAUUUGUAGUAUGGUAUACUGCAUUCGGUAUUGGGACAAUAAUUGUGAAAGUCUUCGACAUUAAGCCAAAAAUGGGUUCAGCGUGAAGAGAAAAAAUAUUGAAUGUUACAUAAAUAGUGAUGCGUGUUUCUGGGCUAUAUUUUUAUUAUUGCUAUUUGCUAUUGCUAUUUUAUUAUAUGCUAAAAUUGGUGAAACUGUGUGACACUGCCUCUAAAAAAAGCACAAAAUAAAAUUGAACUGAUUGAAUUGAA